GUCACGUCACGUCACGUCACGUCGGAACCAACAGCCUAGCAACUUCUGCGGGUCUCUCUCUUCCCGAAGCCCAUCCGGACAUAUUACUGCGGACAGUCUGCGUGAGAGUGGACCAGAGGAGACCCGAGCAGGACCCCGCAGGGUGGCCGGCCGCUGGCGACUAACAUCUGGAUGUUAAACUCACAUUAAACCGAUAAAAAGAGGAGCAACAGGAGGGUGAGCCGGACGGACAUGGCGGACGGCAGCAGGUUCCCAGCUCUCAGUUAAACAGCAGGCGAAGCGAGGACUGGUUUGUUUUAAUGGUACAUGGAUAACCGGGACUCCCCAGGACCGGAAAGCCUCCACUGAAGCCGCAUGGCGUCCACUCAAGCCCGGCUAGGCCAGCAGGCCCUGGCGGUGCUGGAUGUGGCUCUGCGAGUCCCCUGCAUCUUUAUUAUCGACGCCAUUUUCAACUCUUACUACGACCCCGGUUCGGGAUGGGCCGGUGCCGUGGGGAAGGUGUUGGUCCGAGUCACCGGUGUCCUCAUCUCCAGCGUGGUGCUGCUGCUCUCCCAGAAAGCCUUGUUCAAGUUCUACACCCUCUUUUUUGCUGUUCUCCUGGGCAUGGCGGCGGUGCUCUUCAACUACUACGCCACCUCCCACAUAGACUUCUACAGCGCCUACUACAAAGCGGCCCUGGGGUUCAGGCUGCUGCCCAGAAACGGGCCGACGCUGUGGCUGGGGAUGGCCGCGGUUCAGCUCGUUUUCGGCGUGGGCUACGUGUUCCUGCUCAACCUCCAGUCGGUGUUCGCCGCGCUCGUGGUCCUGGACAUCAUGAUCCCUCUGUGGGGGCUGAUGAUCGAGCUGCCGGCGGACGUCAGGCAGCUGGUGGCCGUGUUCUCGGGCCUGGCGCUGGCUCUCAACACGGCCGUGUGCCUGGCCAUGAGGCUCAAAUGGUUUUACUACUCGUGCCGGUACGUCUACCUGCUCGUACGACACAUGUACAGGAUCUACGGGCUUCAGCUGCUGCUAGAGGACACGUGGAAGAGGAUCCGAUUCCCUGACGUGCUGCGGGUGUUCUGGCUGACCCGGGUCACAGCCCAGGCGCUGAUCCUGGUCUACGUAGUGCGGGCGGUGAGGAGGGAGAGCGGCGAUGCCACAGGCGGUGCCGCAGACGGGAGCUCGGACUCGCAGGGUUACCUGCUGAGCUGGGACGUGUUCUGGGAUCUGACGAGCAACCUGAUCAUCUCUGGCUGCGACUCCACGCUCACCGUUCUGGGGAUGAGCGCCGUUAUCUCCUCUGUCGCACACUACCUCGGCCUCAGCAUCCUGGCCUUCAUAGGUUCGACGGAGGAGGAGGACAAGCGUUUAGGCUUCGUGGCUCCUGUUCUGUUCUUCAUCCUGGCUCUGCAGACCGGCCUCAGCAGCCUGGACCCUGAGGAACGCCUGGUCCGCCUGAGCCGGAACAUGUGCCUUCUGCUGACGGCCAUCCUGCAUUUCAUCCACGGCAUGACCGACCCCGUCCUGAUGUCCCUAAGCGCCUCCCAUGUCUCCUCUGUUCGCCGCCACUUCCCCGUCCUGCUGGUGUCCCUGGCGCUCUUCGCGCUCCCUGUGGUGCUCAGCUACGCCCUCUGGCACCACUACGCCCUCAACACCUGGCUCUUUGCCGUCACGGCCUUCUGCGUGGAGCUCUGCCUCAAGGUGGUGGUGUCGCUGACAGUCUACGGCCUCUUCAUGGCGGAUGGAUUCUCCAACGUCCUGUGGGAGAAGCUGGACGACUACGUCUACUACGUGCGCUCCACAGGCAACAUCAUCGAGUUCCUGUUCGGCGUCAUCAUGUUCGGAAACGGCGCCUACACCAUGAUGUUCGAGUCGGGCAGCAAGAUCCGCGCCUGCAUGAUGUGCCUGCACGCCUACUUCAACAUCUACCUGCAGGCCAAGAACGGCUGGAAGACCUUCAUCAACCGCCGCACGGCCGUCAAGAAGAUCAACUCCCUGCCGGAGGUGCGCGGGGACCAGCUGAGGGACAUCGAGGACGUGUGCGCCAUCUGCUACCAGGAGUUCGCCACCUCGGCCCGCAUCACGCCCUGCAACCACUACUUCCACGCGCUGUGCCUGAGGAAGUGGCUCUACAUCCAGGACACGUGUCCCAUGUGCCAUCAGAGAGUUUACGUGGAGGACGAGAGUCGAGACAGAGCCGCCUUUUCUAACAACAACGGGGGCUACGCAGCGCCGCAGGACGCCGCUGCUGCAGCCCCGCCGGCCCCGGGGGAAAACGAGCACGAACAGCCAGACGGCGAGCUGCCGGCGGAUGGAGCGGCAGCCGGCGCCCAGGCUGCGGGAGGAGCCGGGGAGCUCGACAACGAGCUGCUGGAGGACAACGACAGCAUAGAGUACGACGAGGACGAGUGGGGGACUCAAAAUGGCAGCACGCCAAUAGAAGAAGACUAUAUCAAUGAUGACACAGACUCCACGGAGGACUGACGAGAAAAGAUCUAUAGAAAAAAAUAUACAUAUAUCUUUAUUAUAUUUAAGUUAAAAAAGAAUUAUAAAACUUCAGCAGCUUAAUUUGUUCUUGAAAAAUGUCAGGGAUGUCAUUCUGUUUUUUGUUGUUAGUUUCUUUUUGUUUGAGUUUGGGUUUUACUCUACAAGGGCUCGUGGAAAGAGUAACUGCUGCUCUCAUUCUGUGUGUGUGUGUGUGUGUGUGUGCGUGCGUGCUGGGCCUACAUGAUGUAGACCAAAAACUCAUACUGUUGGUUUUUUUUUCCACUUUAUCCCCAAACUAGUGGAGAUCCUAAUACAAAUCUUGCUUUGCGGGCACAGCUGCCUCGACACAGUUUAUUUCCCAAUGCCUCAAAGCUGAUACACAUCAGUGAGUUGAACUAAAUAAUCUGCAGCGUAUAUAUUUUAUAACAUUCUGCCUGGUUGAACGAGACAUUUUUCCCCCAGAGAAAGAGAAAAGAAAGGAACAGAAGCCACACUUCACUUAGAUCACAACUUUGUUUAGGUUUUGUCACUUAUGCAGCCCAGAUGUGUGUUUGUGUGCGUGCCUGCCGACAUGUAAUGUCUUAGAUGAUGUCUUAAAGAUGCAGUUUGUGUUCCCUAGCCGUGUAUUAUUGGGGAAUCGCUGGCGUGUGUGAGUUCAUUAACGUCAAAUCUGUGGCGCGACUAAACACUUUAAAGCUUCCAUCGGUCUGUAAGUCAGGAUUUGGGAGUUUGUAGAAAGAUGCGUUUUGAAACCUGCUGUCUCUACGUUCUCCAGCUUCCAAAAAUGAUCGGUUAACAUGCUUCAGGGUCACUUCUUUGCCGUGUGUCCCCAUCAGUUACGCUCACGAUUCGGGCCUCGCUUGCUCUCGAAAUGUUUGUCUGACUAAAACAGCCUCGACUGCUCCCACAUCCUGACUGGCAGAGUGAUCACAGCUCAGGUUUGUGGCACACUCGUUUAACAUUUUUGUCCUUAACGAACUUAAAACUGAAUAUUUGUGAACUUGUCCAGAGACAGAAUGAAGCAGUUUUCUAUGGACUCUGCGCCAACCAGAAAAAAACAGAGGUGUGUCUGAUUUAAAAAAACAAAAACAAAAAAACAAUGACGUGCUACUGUAAUCACUGAUAUACCUCUAUCAUUACUUACUACUGGUCUCUUGUGUGACCUGCUUACAUUUGUGUACGUUAUUGUACAUGUAAUAAGACAAAAACGUGCACACAUUGUCCCUUAGGAUGAGACAAGAGUUUGUUUUCAAUUAGGUUUUGUUUUCAAUAAUUCUACUUUCCACAUUUCUCUUCACAUUGAUUCAGUAUUUGGUUUGUUCCCGACCCAGAUGUAAUAAAAGCACUGGUGUGGGGUCGCAGUGUACGCCACAUUUGAAGAGCUCUAUUCCAAAACAAAAAUAUGUAUUGGGUAAGAUGAUUAUUGCUUGAUGCUCACAAACGUACAGUAUGAAAAGGUGCCACUUGUUUUGUCUACCAGGUACUUUCACUUCUUUCAAAAGGAUAAAAAAAAUACCAUCAUUUGUUUUACAUGUGGGUUUUUAGUCAUGUUGUAAGAGCGGAGGUCCUUUCUGGUCGUAGCGUUGAGUCAAUGCACCUUUUCUGUUUGUAAUCACUGGCACAGACAGGAGCUCUUUUCGUUCUGUCCAACUCACCAUGACGACUGCACCUUUCCGAAGGCUCAAACUGUGCUUCUAGUCUCAGGGUCCCACUGCGUGGCUGGAAGACUAUUUUCAAUAUAUUGAGGAAUUUCCAGGCCUAAAAAAAAAAAAAAAAAAAAAUCCCAAGGAGCGUCAGAAAAGUCUGGAAAAGUACAGGCGUGUGUUUUUUUUUUUGUUGCAGUAAAAUUAUGACUGUGUCUGAAGUUGCAAAGACAUUUCAAUCUGUGAUAUUUGUCAUAAUGUUGAGCUACAUGAAGAAGUUUCUGUGCUCAGUUUUGCAGCAGGAGUCCUGCUGAACAUUGAUCCAAAACCUUUUAACUACUGGCACGAAGGAAAGGCCCGGAAAAUAUUUAGGGGCCAUGUUUUCACCUUAUUUGACAGUACAGCCCGGCCAAUACAGUGACUCACUGACUACAGAGAUCUUCAUUAAGAAUUUGUAUUAAAAAGCUUUCAAGCACAACUCCUGCGAGUAUUGCAUUGUUUAGACUUCCACAGCCUGAACGUCUUAAGGGUUUGACUACAAACUCAUGCUCAUUACUGUUGUAAUUGCUGGUUGCUGCGAGGAAUCCAUUAAGUUCUUGUUGAUAAUGAGAAAAAAAGAUGGGGUCUAAUUUGAUUAGAAAGCUGUGCUUUUCGACAUGUUUCAGCUAUGAAGGACUUUGAUUAUUAGUUUGAUUGUUCUGAAAGCUUUUUAAAAGGUAAAAGCUGUUCAUUUUGCCUUUUGUUUUAAAAAGAGAUUUAUGUAAAUAAAAUCAUCUUUGAUAUUG